UUGCUCGUUCUCAUAGAGAUAGUCAUAUCCGUAUGUUUGAUGUCGCGAGGGCGGCGGUCAGUCCACGAUGGGCGCACCUGGACAUCGCUCCCUCCAUUCAAGAACGGCAUCAAAGUAAAUAUUCCCGCUCCUGGAAUCAAUGUGCCUGAACUCACUGUAUCCACAGGGCUUCCAAAUUGCGCUCUUCUCGCCAUCUGGGCGGUAGGCGACCAAGUCUUCAUCGGCGUCAUGGGGGGCGAAGCACACUAUCCUCGCUGGUCUCUCUCCAGAUCCGCAAACAUGGUUUCUACCCGUCUGGGUUUCAUCUACAUCCUCUCCAUCAUCUUCAUCGGUCUACUCGUUCCUUCAAAUGACAACCGUCUCCUCAGUGGCUCCGGGAUCACAGCCUCCCCAGCCGUUGUUGCGGUAGUGGAUGCUGGCAUUCCUGGUCUACCUUCUGUGAUCAAUAUCUGCAUGAUCAUUGGCGUUUUGGCAAUCGCAUUGGAGUGUAUCUAUCUGCCGUCCCGAAUUCUGAGGACCAUGGCUCUGCAAGUGUUUCUGCCCAGAUAUAUCGCAAAUGUCGAUGCUAAAGGACGACCGAGAUGGGCAUUGGCGAUUACAGCUGUGGUGGCUCUACUAUGCACAUACAUCGGGCUUAGCAGCACAGGUUGCAUCGUCCUCAACUGGCUCGUCUCCAUCACCAGCGCCUCUGUUUUCACAAACUGGGCUGUCAUCGCACUGACCUCCUUCCGCUUCCACUCUGCCCUCCGCGCCCGACACCUGAAACUCUUUGCAGAACCGUACACUUGGUCCUCAACUCUAUGGCCCCUGGCUUUCGCUGUCUCGCUAGCGGUAUCACUGAUGCUGCUUAUCUGCCUUUUGAUCUGCGCGAUAGCACCUGUGGGUGCCACAAUUACGGCUUUCGGCUUCUUCUCGUAUACAAUUGGAUUACUGAUCAUUGGCAUUUUCACUUUGGGGUACAAGGUUGCGUUCAAGAUAAAGUAG